AUGGCGGCGCCGGAGAUGCCCUGGAAGGAACACGUCAAGGCGAUGAAGGCCUCCACCUCGAACUCGGUGCCCGUGGAUCUUCACGAGGAGUUCCCCAAGGUUCUGGAUACGGUUGAGGAGCUGAAGCAAGAGAAAGUUGAAGCAGCUGAGGAGAAGCGCCGUGGCCGUACCGUCCGGCGCGGGACCCGCGACGAGGAGCAAGUCUCCGUGUUGGAGAGACCGUCAGUCAUGGCUCUAGAUGCACCCAGCGGAAGAACUCCUGAACCCGACGGAGGCAGCAAGGUCCGCCGGAAAAAGAAGAAGAAGGAAGAUGUGAACGUCUUCCAGGAUUUCGGCAAGGAGCACGACGAUGCGCCAGUCCAGGAGGUGAAGGUCAACGGCAUGGUCUUCUACAAAUUGAACUACGAGCGCUAUUGGCAGAACGAGAGAGACUUGCAGCGCUGGGGUGAGUCCUUGCGGCACAACAUCCGCUACGAGCGCAUGCUCUACAAGGUACGGGAUCGCUGGCAUGAAGAUCUCCUUGGGGAUCGGCUGGAGCUCAAGAUCAGCCACAACUGCUUAGUAAGGUCGCGCAGUCAACGGUACCGGCCCAGAGCAACGAGCUCCGCACACCAGCUGAAGGACUUGCAGAAGAUGAUCGCACCCAAGGAAAACAAAAAGAAGAAGGUCAUGGCGGAGUUGGCGAGCAAGUCGGGUGGAAGUGGUCUCUUUGGCUCCUUCUUCGCAGGGGAUGACGGCGCUGCGAAGGACGAGUUUGCGAAGGAGGAGUCCCAGCAGGAGAUCAGAGAAGAGCCGCUUGAGUUCGGGGAAGCGUUGCCGGAUAUCCGAGAAGAGGAUGAGGAGAUGGAAGUGGAUGAUGUCUCAGCUCCCAGGAGUGAGCCUGGCGAUGAAGAGAGGCAGAGUGCUUCGGCGUGCAGCAGCCGAAGAAGGUCAGGGCAACUGGAAGAGGAGCAGCAAGAGGACUUGAACCAGAGGUUCAGAGACUUCAUGGAGAUGGAGAUGGAGCAGGUGCGACAGCCUGUCGAGGUCGCGCAGCGCUCUCAGAUGCCGACGACCAUGGCCUUGCUGCUCUUCCGGAAUGCGGACCGCAACCAUGGGGGCGAGACGUUGUUCGUGAAGAGAUGGCCACCCGCGGGCGGGCUUAAGGAACUGCUUCAUCUGGCGGGUGAGGCUGGUAGCGCCGUGUCGUCGCGCCCGCUAGAGCUCUCUAUGACGUUCACCUGA